AUGAGCUCCAACUACUACAUCGGCCGAAACACCCCGGAGACGAUGGUUGGUGGAAUGAAGAAAUGGGAAGAAUUUGCACAGUCUGCCGGAAGAAACUCCCUGGAACCUUUCGGUGAUGGUUUCAAAGUAUCACCACGUCGCACCGCUACUCCGUAUAAUGGACCCGAACUGCACCCGGAAGCGGACGGUGAGGAAGAUGAUGAGUACACCGAUGAGCAGCACUAUUCAGAGUCGGAAUUCUACACGGAACAAGAAGAAGACGAACCGGAAUCGGAUGAGGGCACGCGCAGGUACGAGGUAACCGCAGGUCGACCGAAGGACUUUGAAUCCGACAGCCAUCUGCUGCACAUCGAUUUCAUCUCCGACGAGCUGGAAAGAUUUGAGUUGCCCGGACGCGGACCGAACCAUAGUCAACGGCGACCGCACGGAAAGAAACUCCCGGCAACAUCGCAGCAGCAACACAACAUGUCAUUCAGCCGCGACCGUGUGCGGGAAAUUGAACGCAAUAACCAUAUUCUGCUCCAACGUAUCCUUUCCACGAAGCCAACGCUACGGACCCAGCCGAGCAAGCCAGCGAAAAGCAACAGCUCUUUGAAUAAUUCUCGCGUGACCAGUGGGGCCCUCAAUCGACGAAAGCAUCAACGAAAGAUCGCCGGUGAAAAUGAGAUUUUGCUCCAAAAAAUUACCUCCAUUGCGGUGUCAAAGCGUGCAUCCUGCUGAAGUGAGAAAGAAAAAGGUUCCAUAUGGAAGUUGCUGGAAAUGCUGGCGUUCGUGUUCGCGUGUACAUCACACAAAAUUUGA